GCCGCUACCUAUCUAUAACCUGAAUUUUUUGCCGUCGACCACACCACCACACCACCAUUCCCAUCAAAGAUAUCAAAAAUGUUCCGUUCAAUUAUCCCUGUCGCCCUCCGCUCCAUUCGCGUUGCCCGUCCCUUCCAGGCCGUUGCCGUCGCUCGCGUCGCUCGCCCCUUCUCCACCACCUUCGUCCGUUUGAACGAGUACUCCGAGUCUGCCCCUGUCCAGGCCGAGUCAGCCGCCACCAAGAACAACAAGCUCUUCGUGACCAACAUUCCUUUCACUGCUUCUGAGGAGGAACUCCUCAGUAUCUUGGGUGCUUCCGAAAUCAAACUCUUCCGCGACCAGUACGGUCGUUCCAGGGGGUACUCACGCUUUUUUUUGGUAGUCUUGUUCAAAGUCACUAACUGUGGUUGUACAGUCUCGCCACUGCCGAGUACGAGUCCGUAGAGGCGGCCGAGGAGGCUUUGCAGGGCUUCCAGACAAACGGUCUUCAAAUCUCCGAGCGUAACAUCUUCAUCAGGUUCCACGACGAGAACGCUCCCAAGCGCGAGCGUUUCCCGCGUCGUGAGGGCGGUUACCAGGCUCGUGAGGGCGGUUACCAGGGUCGUAGCGAGGGCGGUUACCAGGGUCG